UCUCCUUUAGAUCAGAAGGUGAAUUUAGUGUUAGUCUCAUCGCCUCUAGCCUAGUAUACAUCAUCACGUCAGCGAAAAUGAACAGCGCCGAGGUCGACGCCCUGCUCAAGCCCCUUACCAUCAAGGAUCUGCGUGUUCAACUUCGCAUGCGUGGCUUGAGUCCAGCUGGUGGCCUGGAGGCCUUGCGAGACCGCCUCAAGGAGAACAUGCUCGAGACCAAGGAUUUCUCUUUCAAGACUGAGUCAGGAGAGGAUAUGGCCGUUGUCCAGGUCACUGCCGGUCAGGCAUCCAAGGACGUCGCCGCUGGCAAAGGCCAAAACAAUUAUUCUAGGCCGGCCGGGCAAAACGUAGGAAACUUCAUCACUGACCGUCCAAGCAGCCGUGUUCUGGCGGCACCCGGAGGCGCAUCGCAGAUCGUCUUCGGCGAUAGCGAGCCCCCCAAGGCCUCGUCGAACAACUACUCAAGACCUGCGGGUCAGAAUGUCGGAAAUUUCUUGACAGACAAGCCGUCGUCCAAGGUAUCGGCACCGCCGGGUGGUGCAUCCCAGAUCAUCUUCGGUUAAAUCUCAAGUUACAGAUUUCAAGCUCGUGACGUUUGCUUUAUGGAUAAGGACUUUUGACGACAGCAUUGAUUCACACGCAAUGUGUUGUGUUUUCUUGUUGUACGUGUAUGCAUUCUGCGGGUAGAAGCUCUGAUUGGUAAUGGGCAGCAGUAGCAGUAUUUCGCAGGGCACUGGAGUGGUGACACGCAGUAGUGACGUAGCCAGAUGCAGCGCGUAAAUCAGGAUGUAGAUGCAGCAUGACCUUCACAUUUUUUGACUCGAUGACCUGUCGGCGUGGAAUGUACAUAUAUUAUCGCGUUCGUGAACGCUAUGCCAAGCGCAACUAGACUUCCUGCUGACCAUGUGCAGCGUUUUGUAAAAUGGAGUUGAUGCG